CUCACUUCUUAGAAGAAGAUCAAGAGGAGGGAAGAUUGAAGAUGGUGGUCUGGAAAAAUUUAUUAAAAGUUUUGGAAGUCUAAAACUUUUUUACACUUCUUGUUGAAAAGCAAGCGAUUCCAAGUCUAAACUCUGUUACACUUGUUGAAAAGGAAGCGAUUGGAUGUCAAUACCACGCCUGCAAUGCUGACAUGGCAUAUCCUAUCUUGGAUAAGCUUCAGACACAUUUCCCAAAGACCCAGUUUCCAAUUUUAGCAAAAAUAAAAAAUAAAAUUAGUGUAGAAUAAGAAUAAGAAGAAGAAGAAGAGGACCCAUUCAUUUCAAUCUAAUAAGACCCAGCAGCAGUGAUCAAGAUUAGAUUAGAUUUGAUGAUGGGGGAAAUCAAAACAAUCGGAGUGGUGGGCAGCGGCCAAAUGGGGUCAGGAAUAGCUCAACUGGGUGCCGUUCAUGGUCUCGAUGUUUGGCUCCUCGAUACCGAUCCCGGAGCUCUCUCCAGAGCCACCAAAUCCAUAUCUGCCUCCAUCCACCGCAUGGUUUCUAAAGGCCAUCUCUCCCAGGCUGCUGGUACUGAUGCUUUGGGACGUCUGAAGUGUACCUCAAAUCUGGAAGAGCUUUCGACUGCGGAUUUUGUUAUUGAAGCUAUCGUAGAAUCUGAAGACGUGAAGAAAAAGUUAUUUGUUCAAUUAGAUAAGAUCACAAAACGUUCUGCCAUUUUGGCAUCAAAUACAAGUUCCAUAUCCAUUACACGUCUAGCAUCAGCAGUUAGCAGACCACUCCAGGUGAUUGGCAUGCAUUUUAUGAAUCCUCCCCCUAUUAUGAAGCUAGUUGAGAUUAUACGAGGUGCGGACACAUCAGAUGAGACCUAUAACGAAACAAAAGCCUUGGCAGAGAGGCUUGGCAAGAUAGUCAUAUGCUCUCAGGAUUAUGCGGGCUUCAUUGUAAACAGAAUUUUGAUGCCAAUGAUAAAUGAAGCAUUCUUUACGCUAUACACCGGUGUUGCAACAAAAGAAGACAUUGAUACGGGAAUGAAGCUAGGAACAAAUCAUCCAAUGGGUCCAUUACAGCUUGCAGAUUUCAUUGGAUUGGAUGUUUGCUUGUCAAUCAUGAAAGUUCUUCAUGCUGGUCUGGGAGACGGUAAAUACGCCCCCUGUCCUCUUCUUGUACAGUAUGUUGAUGCAGGUCGCCUUGGCAGGAAACGAGGUAUUGGGGUAUACAACUACAGUAAAGUACCUGAAACUGUGAAAAAACCAUCACCACGUCUCUGAAAGUCUUCAUCAUCUGGCAAUAAAAUUAACCUCUCAAUAUAGAUUGUGUCUCUGAAGAUUGUUCGUGGCUUUUCUGUUGGUCAAGAUGAUUCUUAGACAAAUAUGCAGUGUAUCCUAAAAUGGUUUUCAGUUCUGUGCACUUUGAACUCGUGAGACUGUUAGACUUCAAUCCUGCUCUACAAAGAGUCAAUGCUUUAAAAUUUAGGUCUUAGAUUCUUUUCAUUUUUAUUUCCUUUCAGCUGCAAAGUCAUUGAUCAGGGAUUCAGGCUGAUAUUAGCUUUAACGAUCACUCGCUUAUUGUUUGAUUGUCUAUUACACACGACCCUGAUGGAACAUGUAAAUUUCCACAUCGAAUUCUGCAACUUGGAAAUCGUACCCAUGAGAAAGGAUGCACUAGUUAUCCUACUGUACCACUUCUGUGCCACCUUCCCGAGCUAAAACCAUUUCUUCACUCUCAGUUUUCUGUCUUUUCCCUAGUUUUAAUUACUUUUUUUGGCUAAAAUGACGGAACGAUUUUUAAAUAAUUUUUAUGAUUUUGGCUAGGAUUUUGCUGUCUUCCACCCACAUGGUUGUGUCACUCUCAGUACACCUAGAAAAAAUAAGUUAAAAGGAAUAGUCUUCUGAAAAAUGAUACUUGUUAUUAUCAGUCUAUUAUAUGUAUCAGAGGGUAUGUUUAUGAUAUAUAAACUUAGCUCAGUUCAAGGUAUUUGAGAAAAACCUUAGGGGAAGGUUAUGAUAAAUAUUGCCUAAAAAAUUGAUAAGUUUCUCAGCUUGAACAGAUACAUUAUUCCAUGUAGGUGGUGGGUGAUGCAAGAGCAGCCAAGAAACACACCCAUAGGGAGUGUAAUGACAGUCACAUGGGCUUGCUUAGCCUUUUGUAAAAAGAGUAGAGCAAUUGGAUACCAAAUUGUCAAACCCUAUUUAUUGUUUUAUUGUUUUAUAGGUUAUAGUUGAUACAAAAGAUCAUGAGGUACAGCAAAAGAGUAAAGGUUUUCAUAACAAUUGAUAUGAUGAUAUUAUAAUUUAUUAUAACUCCACCAAGAAAAUUCAUUGAUAGCUUAAGCUUAUCCAAUCAAGUAUUUCUUCCAUUCAUCGGAUGGCUGAGAAUAUGUACACUCUUUCUUAGUCCUCUUAAAAAUUCCUAAAAGUUCCCCACUAAUCUAAUAAACAAAGGGUGACAUUUUUAACCGUGUUAACGUAAAAAAAGGGCCUUUUUUUGACUACUGCAUGCCAGCUUUGGAAUCUUUUGCGCUAGACAAGGAAAUGUAAAAGGCACUUUUUUCCCCUUCAUGACCCACAAAAGGUGAGCCUAUAUAGACCAUGAACCAUCUUCUUGAUCAUGGUCUGCCCCACAGCCCCACCUAAGGAUUGGCAUGGUUAGGCUGGCAUGUUCUUCAUUGAUUGUGAUUGUAGUGGAAUCCAAUGGGUAAAUUGAAAAAAAUGGAAAAAGCAUAGGUACAUCAAUUAUUGGAUAGAAAAGAAGAUAAAAGGGAAUGCGAAAUCCAACACUUCUUUUGUUUUUUUUUUUUUUUUUUUUCCAUACAUAAGGUUAAAUUUUUGGGAACAUUGUGAGAGUAGAGAGGAAGUGAGAGCAAAAGAAAAUGAAAUUCUUAUUUCAGUGUCCGUGUUGCUCUUGUUUUUGCUUCAUGAAGCCAAGAGCUGGACGAGCAAAGGUGAAGGAAGCUGCCAAGGAAGAGAAGAAAGAAGCCAAAGUAGAGAAGAAAGAAGAAGCUAAGGAAGAGAAGAAAGAGUGAAGAGGAAUAUGAAGAACCACCAGUAGACAAUGAAUGCAUGUAAAAAUGUACUUGAAUUUGCUGAUAUUAAUUUUUCUUUCCUCUUGAAUUUCUUUUGUUUUUGAUAUUGUUGCUAUAUUGCCCUUUUCAAGUGCGCACAAGAAAUUGUGUUUAGCAUAUAUAUCUUGGUCCAAGGUCAAGUUAAUUCACAUGAAAAAAACAAUGCCAAGCUUCAUAUUCUAAUAAAAAUGGCCGAUUUGCACCA